CCUGUCUUGCCUUCCAGUGAAUUUUGUUCGCCCUGGGUGGAUUUUUUUUUGGUUGUCGAAUUUGUCUCACGCGUAGUUAAGGAAAACUUCCAUUUUUGGGUAUAUCCUUGAAAGCUGGGUCAAAUCGAAGUGCUAAAUGUUUAUUAAAAAUAAAUGGGGAAAUUCCUAAAUCAUUGCUCUGUCCAGAUGUGAUAUAUUUAUGCUAAUUUGGACCAACAAAUCCCAACACCACUUUUAAGAAUUACUAAAACGAAAUGAUAUCGACCUACAUUUUCCGCAUAUGCAAUUCCGAUAACUUUUUAACUAUUGAAUAUUUUGUGAAAGGUGCUAAUUAGAAGGAAUUUGAAAAAAUAAAACCAAAGUAGAAGUUUGGAAAAAAAUACAUUUGGACUUCUAUAUCGCGUUAAGUACAUAAUUUAAGGAUUCGCAUCAUCCCCAAUAUGAAAAUUUGAGCCAUUCUAGCUUUUUAAUCACGGUUUACGCUUAAAACUACUGUAAAACGCGCUACGAAGGAGACAAGAGCUUUCUGAUGCAUUCAUUGAGCUGGACGACGAGAGUAAUCUCGCGAGCGUUACGUAGUAGCUUCUCUACGCUACUAGAGACAGCUAGCAAUGCAACAGCGAAUGUAAAUAGUGCCUCGAAACAACGCCCGCACUUUGUAUCUGUUGUGUGUGGCUUUCCUAAAGACUUUCUAACUUCCAAAUACAAGCCAGGCAAAUACGGCGAAGAUUCAUGGUUUAAGACGUCAACCACCAACGCAGAUGUGCUAGGUGUAGCUGACGGCGUCGGCGGUUGGCGCAAUUACGGAAUCGAUCCCGGUGAAUUUAGUUCUUUUCUGAUGAAAACUUGCGAGCGUCUAGUCCAUUGUGUUAAUUUUAAUUCCCAACGACCUGUUAAUCUCUUAGCAUAUAGUUAUUGCGAGUUGCUUGAACAAAAAAAACCUAUUUUAGGCAGCAGCACCGCUUGUGUGCUCGUGCUGAAUCGAGAGAAUAGCACCGUCUAUACCGCUAAUAUCGGCGAUAGCGGUUUUAUGGUUGUUCGAAAGGGUGAAAUCAUCCACAAGUCCGAAGAACAGCAACAUUACUUCAAUACACCAUUUCAGUUAUCGCUACCGCCCCCGGGACAUGGCCAUAAUGUGCUAAGCGACAGUCCGGAUUCGGCGGAUACUCUUAGCUUUUCCGUGAAAGAAGGCGACGUUAUAUUGGUGGCCACAGAUGGCGUCUUUGAUAAUGUCCCCGAGCGUUUGUUGCUUGAUGUACUCAAAGAGUGCGAAGGUGUAACCGAUCCUGUGAAACUGCAGAUGACCGCCAACUCAUUGGCUUUAAUGGCGCGCUCAUUGUCAUUCGACAGCGAAUUUAUGUCGCCAUUCGCCAUAAAUGCCAGGCGCAAUAACAUUAAUGCAACAGGCGGCAAAC